GUUCAUCUUGGGAGCAACGCCAGUUUCGAACUGCCCCACGCGCCUCGUUCCGCUCGACUUCGCCGUGGUUCUUUCGAGGCAGUGUUCCUUGCGCGAAACGGCAACCGCUUUUCGGCUAGUGUACGACCUGUUGUUUCGGCUCAACCAAAUCCUGUAACAUCAUACGUAAACGAUAUCCCCGGUCCUUCUUGUUCCACCUGGACUAUCCACAGCGCAGAGCCGUACAGAGCACCAGGGCACGGCUUUCAUUGGAGUCCUGCCGUUAGUGUUACGUAAUUCCGAAACAACUUGGUACCUCCCGCUAGCUUCAUCAGCGCAAGCAGAACGUCUGCAAGUCCACCUGGCGUGUUGGAGUCUAAAUUGGUCAACCAUCGCUCGGUAUCGAGGCGGCAUCAAAACAGCAGCAGAUCGUGUGGGCUGGUCUGGUCAAGGUGUCGAGGAUGUGGUACACGUGUAUAUGCGUGCUGACCCUAGCGGUGGCUGUCAACGCACAAGCGCCGACGAUUCGUAACGACGAAGGUAUCGCUAACGCCGGAUACACAAACUCAAAGACGAUAAACUUCCGUGCGUCGGGCACCAAGGCUGGCUUUCCUAAGAUCUCCUGCCGGUUAGACUCGCAGGGAGCAAGUACGUGCCAAGACCCGCAGACGUACACGGGACUGACGGACGGCAAACACACUCUUGUAGUCCAGUUUGCGCUUUCUAACGGCCAGGUUGACACAUCGGCUCAGACGGUGUUCACGUGGACAGUGGAUACGAUUGCUCCCACGUUGGUCUUUACACGGUUGCCGUUCGAUGUCAACAAACCCAAGACAAAUGCAGCGACAAUCACGUUUUUCUUCGGCGUCCAGUCAUCGCUAGACAACCAGGGAGGCAUUACCUUCACGUGUAGUAUGAAGCGAGCGACUGAACCAACUCCCUUCAUCACAGAGGACUGCACAACGACAAAAUCCGUCACCUAUUUCGGCCUUGGUGUGAGCAAUCAAGAUCUCAACUACAACUUCACCGUGACGGCCGUCGACCAAGCAAAGAACAUGAAAACACUCACCAGCAAUUUUGCUGUUGACGAGAAGAAACCCAUAGUAUGGAUGCCAACCCUAGGUAGUUCGUUUCUGUCUCUACCACCGCGGUAUACGAACAAGACUACGGCUAGUUUUACCUUCACUACUGACGAACCAGGGCAAGUUGACUUUACUUGUCGCCGUGACGGAUCCGGUCUCUUUACCGCCUGUCCCACCAAGCCUUACACUGGACUAGCACAGGGGGAGCAUACCCUGCAGAUCCAGGUUCAGGACUGGGCUGGCAACAUCCAGACACUGAUGAACGUACGCCGACCGGUGAACUACACAAACGCGUUUGGAGUGAACUCCACCACGUCCGUCUUCCAGUGGCGCGUUGACACAACACCACCACCCAAGCCUCAAAUAGCCGUCAAGCCCAAGCUGCAGACCAACACGAAAAUGCCCCAGUUCCAGUUUACAGUCGCAGGUACUCAAAUCGGUGGUCUGUCGUACAGCUGCCAGCUUGCCUUGCCCGGCACACUGCCAAUCAGCUUCUCAUGCUUUCAGACAACUGAUGUCGCUUCUGCUGCGUCCCAGGUCCAGGGAGUACCCGCAACGGGUCUACUAGAGGGACCGUACACGAUGCAGGUAAACGCCAUCGACGCCGCCGGUAACUACGGUGCCUCGCAGCGCUACGACUUCACUGUCGAUCUGGAGGCACCGAAUGUUGUUCUGGAUUCCACUACGCCCAACACGCCCAACGGUGAAACCACCAACUCACCGUCCAUGACAUUCGCCUUCCAUUCCAUCGAUAAGUUCCCGGAGCGCACGGACGCCAUUGGCCACUACACGACCGUCAUCCGCAACCCAUGCCCGCUGUACAACUGCACCAUGCAGUGCAGUCUGGAUAGCGCCCCGCUCACUCCGUGUGUCAGCCCGAUUACGUACACCUCACUGACUGCCGUCGGCCGUGUGGAGCGUCACACGUUCCAAGUGGUUGCCACGGACAACGCCACCAACGUGGGAAUGGGUCCUGACGAGCUGCAGUACAGCUGGAGCAUCGAUCGUAUACCUCCCACCACAACCUUCACCCAGACACCAUCGAAAGCGAUAGCUAUUGACAGUGCCACUUUUGAAUGGACCACCACCGAGCCAGCAGCAAGACCACCGCAGUUCUUCUGCAGUCUGGAUAACGGUGCUCAGUUCAACUGUACGCCUGUACCAACGGCCGGUAGAUACCGAUGGACUCUCCAGAAUCUGACGCAUUCGUUCAAUCACAUCUUUGCAGUGGUGGCUGUUGACUUUUACGGCAACGCUGCUCCGGCCAUCACGUACGCAUGGCAAGUCGAUCUUCACCCUCCAAUGGUGACGUUCAACCCCAGCACUUGGGCCACUCAAGGUGUUCGUCUGGGCAAUCCCAUUGUGCUGCAGAAUGGCUCCUACUCCAACAUUGUCUUUGUGACGUUUGCGUUUGCGACUGAGCCUGGUUCAACCAUGGAAUGUCAGAUAGACACGCUCCCCUGGAUCGGUUGCAUGUCCGGCUACCGCGUGUCGUCGCUGAAGGACGGAGAGCACACGUUCCGCGUACGCGCCACCGACCCCGUCGGCCAUGUCACCAUGGCGUGGGACCAACCUUACUGGACCUGGAUAACCGACACCGUGGGUCCACUCGUCACGUACUCCAAGUUCCCAAAGCGCUUCACAAACAAGCUGAACUCCACCUUCUGGGCCAUGUCCAACGAGGCACAAUCGACGUACCAAUGCGAGUACCGCUCCAAGCAGUUCCAGAGUGGCAGCACAUCAUGGAUCCCGUGCCUGAGUGCACCGUUCCUUGCCACCGUGUCCAACAAUGUCAUGAUGCUCACUCUUCAGCAGUACAUCUUCUCACAGACUGGCACUCAGAUCAACUUUGUCGGUGAUCAUACGUUCUUGGUGCGUGCUGUGGACCGUGCUGGCAAUGUAGGACCGGGAAAGCCAUGGCUGUUCACUGUGGAUUUGACUCCGCCAAUGAUCGUCAUUUCUUCCGAAAACCACAAGCAGCCCAGGGCUAUCUACUCCCUGGACUUCCCGUGGAGCCCUAACAACUACGCAGAGUUCCGUUUCCAGGCGAGCGAGGUCGUGACGUACUCAUGCAUUGUCACGCCCAAUGUGUCAUGGGUUAACCCCAUCCCGUGCAGUGCACCGGGUAUUACCAUCAACAAGAUUGACAAGUUCGACACGUACAUGUUCAAGGUUCAAGCAACAGAUCGUGCUGGCAACACCGACCCAGUGACGUCAGCCAAGACCUAUAUGUGGACUGAUGCUCCCAGCCCACCAGAGACAAAGGUGCUCUCUGGACCCCAGUACUACGUCAACCGCUGGAACAACCUCAACUUCAGAAUCAGCACCCCAGUCCCGAGGGUACGCGCCGAGUGUGCGGUCGACCGCUUGCAUCCGAACAAGACUGUGCGCUUUGCGGGAGUGUGGCAGCCGUGUGUUAACCGCUCGUCGACGAUGUCCAGCCCUGCCUCGGUGUCGUACACGGCUGACUUGCUGGAUAUGCUGAAUGCCUCCGUUGCUAUGCUGUCCACGCCCGAUGGAUUCUACAACUUCAAAACCAGGAUCAUUGAUGUGUUCAACCGCACGAGCAAGACUGCUGCCUUUGAGUUUGUCAUCGACACGAUCCCACCGCAGACAGCUCUAGAGGGUACAACACCGUACGCCACCGCCAACUCCUACAUCUCCUUCACCUACUUCACCGACAAUCCCGACUACCUGCAUGAAAGGUUUGAGUGUCAGCUGAAGCUGCAGGACAGCAGAAGCCAGAUGUACACCCAGUGCACCACUGCCACCUACCCGUGCACGUGGGCGUCGUGUGGUACCUCUCAAAACUUCCUCAACACCAUCUCCGGACUCAGCACCAAGGGCACAUACCAGUUCAGCGUGCGCGCAAUUGACAAGGCUGGCAACAUCGAUCAGUCUCCAGUUGUCACCACCUUUAUCUACAAUCCCAACGCACCCAAGAUCCUGACCACUGGCGUGAAGCCAUCCAAAUACGUCUCCAUCAACGACUCGAUGACGUUCGCCUUCACCGGUGACGAGGGCACACAGUACUCAUGCCUGUUUGCCCGCUCCGACUGGCCCAACAACGACCAGAUGAACACUCCGUGCAUCUCGCCGGUCACGUUCAAACCCUCUCCGGUGGCCGUACAGCGUAACGGCUCCACGGCACGUUUUGUUCUCACCGGAACCGACCAGUUCACCGGACUGAGCACCAGUAUCACCUACAUCACUAUCCUAUACAAUACAACUGAUCUAGCAACAAGGAUAAUGAAGGCACAGGAACGCGCGACGCCGGAAGUGUGCACCAACAACAAUCAGCUCUUCUUCAUUCUCUUCAUCGUCUUUGCCGGCCUGACCAUUGUCAUAGUGGUCGUCAUGGUCUUCCUCAUCCUCCGCAAAAUGGAGAACAAGGGCCUGCAGAGAAAUCCUGGAGCGAGUGCAAUGGGAAGGAAAGAAAGUCGCACUCCGCUGACCUCCUUCUCCAACCCGCAGUUCUCAGAACUUCAAGAAACCUAGGCGUCCUUUGUUUGUCUUAACGCAGCUUUUCCCGAUGCUGUGUAGUCCGCGUAACUCUAGUUUUCUGGUCUUGUAGAUGCCAGCCGCUGUUCAGGACAGCUUAGCUCGGUGCAGGUGAUUGCAUUACAAUUGCCAAUGCCACAGGACCCUGUCAUGUGCUCUCGAAAGUUCCGGGGAUAGGAGCCUGGGGUCAAUUCAAUUUACCCGAACUGCAUUACUAUCAACCGCUUGUUCUAUUUUCCUUCCGCAAUGUUUAGUAUCCUGCUCUUUGAUGAUUAUCAAUGUGCUUUUCAUUUCUUUGUUUUCUCGGAAACGUUCCACCACACACACGACAAUUUCUCCCACAUUCUGAGAUCUCCUAAUAGCAGAUUAGCUCUGCAUUGGAUCUGUUGAAUUUAGAAUUAUAACAAUUAGCCUAUUGUGCCUUUUUAGGGAUAUUCAUAGCACAUUUCAGAUUUGAUUUGGCUCUGAGCUAUAUGAUGAAUGCAAGGUGAAUAAUCUAGAAUUCUCACUGAA